UAUCUACGUAAUCGCUGUAAUCUGAUUUUUCCUAAAACAAUACGUGAGACGAAAAUUAUUAAGCGAUACGUUAUAAUAAUUCAUCUAUACCGAUAAAUUUAUCUUUUUCCACUUUUGCUUCUAUUGAAGGAUUUUAUAUUAGAAUAAAAUUAAUUUAACGAUGUUCAACUGCAGUUUGAUUCGGGAAAUUCCAAAUCUCGAAUAUUGAAAGUCAAUGCUGUGAAGUGGGCGCUCGUCCGUAAUGUCGAAAUUCGAUAUCUAGCUACUAAUCUACAGCCAUCGCCUAAUUUCAGUUAACUGAAUGUACGUGAUUGGACGUACGGUUAUUUCUUAUUUGCGUAAAUGCGCGAGAUUGGGAUUACGUGUUUUGCAAUAAUCAAGUGAAAAAUAUAGAGCAUCUAUAUGAUGAACAUGUUCAUGAAUGACUAUCGAGUCUCGUGAAAAGCCUAACCUAGUUGGCAAACCGUCACGCUAACCAUGAAUCUUCAAACCUUAUUCCAAGACUUCAAUCCUGGCAAGUUCUUGGUGCACUGCUGCCUAAUGGUAUUCACGGUGUUAUUUGCUCUCCGAAAGGACGAUGAGAUAGAAUGGAGCUACUGGUCCGUUUUUAGUCCAAUAUGGUUUUGGAAAGGCAUGGUAAUUCUGGGGGCAACGGUUGGAAGCUAUAUCUGGUGGAGGCAUCCCCAUGCUAGGCUGGAAGGCGAAUCCUAUGUUCAUUAUAAAGCAAUGCUGAUCACUUUAGCACUACACCUAAUUUUGUUGAUGUUCGAAUUACUCGUAUGUGACAAGCUAGAAUCCGGAAGACACUUGUGGAUAUUAGUCUUCAUACCACUGAUUUUUAUAUCAAUCGUAUCGAUAGCUGUAUGCAUUUGGGCUGUGAAACACGAUCGAUCAUUUGAGCUGGAAUUAUUUUGCGCAGUCAAUGUGUUACAAUUUAUAUUCAUUGCUCUGAGAUUGGAUGGUUUUAUUUCGUGGAGUUGGGAAGUUGUAUUUGUGCCUCUCUGGGCGUUGUUAUGUUUGUCGCUAGUUGCUGUUUUAUAUGCUAUCGUUUUUGCUGCCGUCUUACUUAGAACUCCACAAAUAAAUGCGCGGCAAAGGCGGACGUCAUUAAAUUCUGCAUUGGGAUACACUUUUCUAGUAGUUCCCAUUUUAGUAUUUCAGGUGCUAUUAGCUAAUAAAUUAGACGGUGACCCGAUCAAGUAUACAACCGUGGCGAUGCCGUUGCUAGUUUCUCACAUCACUCUUAUAAUAAUGUCAUUCGGAGCCAAAGGUGGAAAUAGAUGGUGGUUUGGCAUUAGAAAAGAUUUCUAUCACUUCCUCUUAGGGUUGUGCCCACUGCUUCAAGAGUAUGGUAAUAUCUCGUAUCAACCAAGGAGUGACGCAGAUCAGCCACCAUCCGAGCCGAUGAUAUCUGAAAAAAGUCAAAAGCGUAUUAAGAAACACGACCUAACUAAACCUGUUGUGCCUGUAGAGAUCAUAGACAUGCCUGACUGAGCGUCCAAUUAUAGUUGCUUACACAAAACGAGUAUAAUCAGGUCUACCUGAUUAACCACUCGGUUCAAAUCAUCACAAUAAUUGUUCGUAACACAAUCGAAUGUAUAGUUCUUUCUCUUAAUUACACCAGGAUGAGCCAAAGUAUCCUAAUUAUGAAAAGUCAAAUCUUGAAAUUCUGCCAGUUAUCAUUACAGAGUCCACAUUAACUAAAACGAUUCUCUCUAAAUUCUCCUGUCAGAAAUAAUUGAAUUAAUAUUUUUUUUGCUGCUUGGAAUUACGCAUACAGUACAUAGAACUUUGAAAUGAGUUACUUGAGGCAAGUUGAAGGACUCUUAAUUAUUAGUUUAUUCUGCCAAAUGGCCGCUGAUUAGAUUUGUGACUGAAAUCAGCUGAAGCGUGUAGCGUUAUCUCAUCGUUUUUAAUCAGAUGGUAAGUUUCAAUUGCAAUAUGAUCGAUCAAUUAAAUCCUACGCAAUAUUGGAUUUCGUCCUUGACUGAAGUUUUUCAAAGUUUUCCCAAAAACUUCGCAAUUGACUUCUCAAAUGUAUGAAAUCUCGGGAAAUUGUUUCGAAUCACUUCAGAUUAUGAUUAAGACGUUAAAAACUGCACAAGCAAAAUAUGUUCAACAGCUCUAUGCUUUAUUGGUCAAAUUUCAAGAAGGUUCUCUUACGCGGAAUACUAAGGGCAAAAUUUCAAAUAAGUUGACACCUGUCAUUUGUGAAAAAAUUAUUAGUGUGGGACUUUUACCAUCUAUAUGUGGAUAGUUAUAUUCCUGAAAUCAAUGGUAGGUCAAAUUUCCAGUCAGACGAUCAAGUUUUGUCACUCGUCCAUGACAGCUCAAGGGAAUUCCUUUUUGAGUAAUAUAUUUUGGAACUCUACUAACUCAAGUGGUAGAAUAUUACUUGUCAAGUGUUGAGUAAUGAUCAAGUAAAUCAAAAUGUUAACAUGUUGCCUGACAAUCGAUAUACGCCGGGAUAUUUUGUCUUACGAAAGAUUACGAAACGGGCCAUAAAUAAAAUACAUGAAAAUUCUUCGCCUGUAUAUUUACUCACCGUGCAAUUGCAGUGUCAUUAGUAUCUUAUUAUUAAAAAAUUGAAAAAUAGGAGCUAAAGACUGUAGGUGUUUGUAUUACGUAUACUAACAUUAAGAAUCGUUCAUGUAUGUACGUCACGUGUCAAAUAAUUUUUAUCUUAUCAGUUUCGUUGAGGAAACGGAUUGGACACAAGACUGAGUGCCUCGCAUCUGUAGCAUAGUAUUAAAUUGUACAAACAGAACUUGACGAAAAGGAAAUAAUGAUGAGAGAUGAAAAUCACGUAAAAAUUAUUACUUUUAAUGGAGUGUUGUUGGCGUUGGUAUAAAUGGAAGCAUUAAAGUGCUCAAUCAUUCGUCACUAAUUAUACGUUACGUAAAAAUUAUGUACAGAUCUUGUUAUAUUAUAAUAACAUUAUUAUAUAGUCUAUAUAUGUACACACCAUAUAUAUGUAUAUCAGGGUGGACUUUAAAAAGGUUAUUUUGGAAUUUCGACUGUCCCGCCGCCCAAAUCGACUCGAAAUAAUUCAAAAAUAAUUCCCUCAUUUGUUCAGAUUUUCACCUCAACUGUAACCCCACCCACCCACAUGAUGGAUUUACCCAUUUAAAAUACACGUGUUCCGGAUACAUUCUCAGUAUAUAUUUUAUUGAAAGAGUAAUAAUGUUCAAAAAAGUCAGUAACUGCGAAGUUUUAGUGGGCACUAAUGCUACUAUCUGAGAAAAAAGUCACAUCAUCAUACCAACCGAUCUAGACGAAUUGCACUUCCUCUGAAUAAAUAAAAAAGUCAGAUUUCAAGGGUGUGCAAUUCGUUGGGAUUGCAUGAUAUAAUGAUGUGAAUUCUUUCUCAGAUAGUAGCACUAAUGCUCACUGAAACCUCGCAGUCAGAGAUUUCUUUGAACGUUAUUACUCUUACAAUAAAAUAAAUGCUGAGAAUGUAUCCGGAACACGUGUAUUUUAAAUGGGAAAAUCCAUCCUGUUGGCGGGAGGGGAAAAACUGAAAGAAUUAGGGAAUUGUUUUCGAAUUAUUUCGAGCCGAUUUGGGGGGUGGGACAGUCGAAAUUUAAAAAUGAUCUUUUUAAGGAUCAUCCUAAUAUAUGUAUAUAUACACACCUACAUAGGUAUAUAUAUAUACAUUAGGGUGUUUCAGAAACAAAAAUUUUCCACCGUGACACCCCCUAAGAAGUUUAUUUAGGUUAAAAGAAAGAUUGUGUGAAAAAUUGAUGUUUUGCGUUAUGAGGAAGAUCGCGCACAUUUGAUUUUCCACGUUUUUCACAUUUUUUUUGAAUUUGUAAAGAAGCACAUUAUAGCACUUCAAGUAUUAUUUCUUGCCUAACAUUUAUAUUCAGCCGAAAGAUCACAUCCAUAAUACAACAAUAUUUUAACUGGGAAUCUUAUUUUUCUAAAUUAAAAGUUCAUAUCAAAUUAUAACUAUUUUAUGAGAUUGAAUUAAUAAUGAAAACGUCGUCAGAUACGUUUCUAAAACAUCAACUGAAGACCUAAUAUUACAAGUGUGGGUCUUCUUACAUUGAUAUUAUGUGAUUGAUGUCAGUAAUAAAAAUAAAAUUAUAUUCACGAUACU